CUCUGCCUAUUCUCGGGGGAUGCAUUUUGACACCCCGCAACGGCAGCAGCCAAAGGGACACACACACUCACUCCUCCUCCUCUUCUCACACUCCUCUCGCCACCGAACUCGGCGGCCAGGCAAACAGUCUUGUCGUACCUUCAGUUCGAUCCACGGUGCAGCCUCACCUCUGCAGGGUCUCCAACAUCAUCUCCAAAACUGGCCACCAACUGAUGCCCUUUUCGUGAACAACGCACGCUCUCUCUCCUUCCGCUGAUUUUAUCCAAACUCAAAGGUUCCAAUGCAACCUUUCGUGAUGGCGGGCAGCGAGUCUCCGACGUCCGCCGCGACAACCUGGGAGCAAUCGACAGCGUCCUCCGAGAAUGUGUCUCCUUCAGUGAAAAACGGUGGCAGUUUGUUGAACUUCUCAAUCGCCAAGAUCAUGGAGCCGGGCUCCUUUCAACCUGCAACCAACGCCAAGAAGCAGCGGACCCUGUCUCCACCCUCAAGCCCCACAUUCGUAGGAAACUCGCCUCUGGACACGUCGGCCUUCAAAAAGUACGUUCCCCGCGCUGCCCAGCAAUUACUAAAUUGUCCAGCAGCUUUGCUUUAUUACCAUCCGGCUGCGGCGGCAGCAGCAGCGGCUAACGGGGCUCUCUUGGGGCGGCGGCACCAACUCGGAGGUCACUCGGCCUCUGACCUGUCGACCUUUGACCUACUCAGGCUGUACAACACCCCUCCCUCGGCUGCAGUGCCUGCACCUGGCUUGCCUCAGCAGACAGCGGCGCCGCCGGUAGCUAAGGAGGCGAAACUGACAAGCAAACGACCUUUGCACAAAUCGGCCACCGGUGGCAGCACUAGCAGUGCGAGUGCGAACAACAACAAUAACAAGCAAAAGAGUUUCACGUGCCCUGAGUGCGGAAAGGUGUUCAACGCGCACUACAACCUGACGAGACAUAUGCCUGUGCAUACCGGUGCCAGACCCUUUGUGUGCAAAAUCUGCGGCAAGGGUUUCAGGCAGGCCUCAACCCUGUGCCGACACAAAAUUAUCCACACCUCCGAGAAGCCGCACAAGUGCAACGUUUGCGGCAAGGCUUUCAACCGCAGCUCGACCCUGAACACGCACGCACGAAUCCACGCAGGGUACAAACCCUUCGUGUGCGAGUACUGCGGCAAAGGGUUCCACCAGAAGGGCAACUACAAGAAUCACAAGUUGACGCACAGCGGCGAAAAGGCAUUCAAAUGCAGCAUCUGCAACAAGGCCUUCCACCAGAUAUACAACCUCACCUUCCACAUGCACACGCACAACGACAAGAAGCCGUUCACCUGCAAGGUCUGCGGAAAGGGUUUCUGCCGCAACUUCGACCUGAAGAAGCACAUGCGCAAGUUACAUGACAGUUCACCCAAUGCACACCGUCUGGCCCGCAGGUCACGAAGCCCUCAAGAUCUGGUGGUCAGCUCUUCCUCCUCCCCGACCUCUUCUGCGGGUCGACUCUCCUCCCCAGGAUAUCACCACCACCCUGACGUGGCUCCCGGCUCGUCUAGCUCAGCAGCCGCUGCCUUCCUAGCGCCCUUUCUUCUUCCCCCACACCACCCCUCCAUGGCCACCUCCGUCGUCGGACCCUACAAGGUGCCACUCUUAUGACUCGAGGCCAACAACUACCUCGCGAGCAACAACAGACUGCAGAUCACCUAAAUGUGUGUGCGUCUGAUUAGGUGAAGGAUAGACAAAAAAAGAAACAGUUAGAACUGCCACCAAUGAUGUAUGUGUUUUUUAACCUUAGCGAGUUUGAUAAUCAAAAUUGCAAGGAAAUUUCAUGCAAAUUCACUCUCAAUGGUUAUAAAACUGAAUAAUUUGUGAAAAAAUUGACGAAAUUUUAAAUUAAAUUGGGGCUAUUCGUUAAUAGAUUUAAACCUAUUAAUUAAAUCGCUAAGUUUUCUUUUAAAACAACUUUAAUUUUCAGUACAUGUUCCACGUUAGGGAAAAUAUUUCACAUAUAGCCCUUGAGAGUGAAUACAUUUUUCAGAAAGUUUUUAAAAUAUGUAUAACGAUCCUUAUGCCCACGAUAGAUCUCACAAGUCAUUUUAAAUCCACAAAACCGCGUUCCUGUUGAUGCUUUUCCCGAGGACGAAUUGAGCGAGCGGAAAAGGGCCAAGCGUGCAAUAUGUAAAAAGGCGGCGAGAGCAGAGUAUUGAAUUUUUAUGAGGCGCGCAAUAUGGAUGUGCGCGGCUGACGCGUUGGUAGCCAAUAGCUGCGGGUCGACGGGCCCAGGCAGGUCAAACGAGGGUGCUCCAAUCAUAACCAAUUCGCGCCAUCUUGCGCAUUCUUCCUCCGGCAGUAGGAGAGAUCAAUGCUCCUCUCUCACCCGACUUUUCGCCCCUCCGACGUGAUUCUGCCCGAUUCUCAUCGUAGCUUUUUACCAUUUAAUAUACAUGCAUAUAUAUUAUAUACUUCAUGUGAUAAUAUCGAUUAGUGCGCAGCUGGGAAAGAGAGGGAGGCGCGUUUUUCAUUUGCCAUCCGCCUCAAAAAAGUCACACGAAAGACCAAUUUUCUAAUUGUUUUUUUGUGAAAGAAAAAUAUAUGCAUUCUUUUUGGUAUAAGAAAUUUAAAAGAGAACCACACAUAAAUCACCCUAUGCGUGUGUGCUGUGCUAGAACUAUAAAAAUAGGCACUUUUGAAAUUUUGAGGGACACUAGUGCAAAAUUUGGAAUUCGCGUAGAUGAUUUGUAAAAACUUAAGCAUAAAAGAAAAUUGUUUAUCACCCUGUAUGUUGUAAAAAUAAAUGUCUAGAGA